UGAGAUCCUCUGCAGUCGACUGCAGUGGCCGACGAGUGGGCCUGAUGGACGUCCGGGCCCACAUGCAGUGACAAUGGCACUCUGCAGUCACACCACAAGCGAGGAGGGACCCGGGGCGGGGCAAGAGGAAAAAACAAGAGAGAGAAGGCGUCUCUCUCUCCUCUCUCGCCGUCCCCAACCUCUCGUCUCGCUGCCUGCGAAAGGAGUUCGUCAUGGCAUCGAAGCGUAUCCUGAAGGAGCUGAAGGACCUGCAGAAAGAUCCCCCCACAUCAUGCAGUGCAGGCCCUGCUGGUGAGGACAUGUUUCAUUGGCAAGCAACAAUUAUGGGACCGCCAGACAGUCCCUAUGCUGGUGGUGUGUUCUUAGUGAACAUUCAUUUCCCGCCAGACUACCCCUUCAAACCACCAAAGGUGUCAUUCAAGACAAAGGUCUUCCAUCCAAAUAUCAACAGCAAUGGAAGUAUAUGCCUUGACAUUCUUAAAGAGCAGUGGAGCCCUGCUUUGACAAUUUCUAAGGUCUUGCUCUCCAUCUGCUCCCUGCUGACUGACCCCAACCCGGAUGACCCUCUUGUCCCCGAGAUUGCCCACAUGUACAAGACGGACCGGCCAAAGUACGAGUCGACAGCCCGCAGCUGGACACAGAAGUACGCGAUGGGCUGACAAAGCACCUCGGCAGCUCAAUUGGCGACGGUUCUCGUGCCGUCUCAAGAAAUUGCCCGUGGGCCAUUAUUUCCUUCGGUUUGUCGCUGGUUGUGUGUAUCCCCAAUCCAUCUAGGAUCGUAUUGUAGUCGAUGUCUGCCUACCACCGUUGCCAUCCAUAGUGAGAUGGUCGGACAUGCUUUGGCUAUGCACCUAUGCUUGCUGAGAAACCUUCCUUCGGGUCGGUGCUAUUCGGUAAGUGUUAAUCGAAGACAUUUAUUUCAUUCCC